UUGUCCCUCCUGAGUUGCCGUAGCUCCUCACAACACCGUCUUGUGAUGCUGAGGAAGGUCGCGUGUGAAAUCCUUCUGCCCUAUUUUAUUGUUUUCUUUGAAAGUUGUGUUGUGACCCUUCAAUAUAUAUUGUCUCGAAGUUACUCCGACAUUAACUAGCUGUGUUGCGACGUUUUUACGGUUAAAUAUAAGUUGUAACGCUGCUUUGUUUACCUCUUUUUCUUUUCGCGCCGUUUUCUUGCUGUUCCUGUGUGAUGUAAAUAACGGAGGAGGCUCUCCAGUCCAUGUUGAGAGGGUAAACUCUGUUAUUUCAUGUUUAGGAGCAGAGAAGCGGACAGUAGGAGACAGUAGACCAGAAGCCAUUCAUGUGAGAUUGUCUUCUGCAGAGACACACAGUCGUUGUCACUGAGCGAGAGGUGAAAUGGCGCAGAAAGGAGUUCAGCUGGACCUGGAAACCUUCUCUUGUUCCAUCUGUCUGGAUCUACUGAAGGAUCCGGUGACUACUUCCUGUGGACACAGCUACUGCAUGGACUGUAUUAAAAGCCACUGGGAUGAAGAGGAUCGUAACUACAGCUACAGCUGUCCUCAGUGCAGGAAGAUGUUCACACCGAGGCCUGUCCUGCUGAAAAACUCCAUGUUAGCAGAUUUAGUGGAGGAGCUGAAGAAGACUGGACUCCAAGCUGCUCCUGCUGAUCACUGCUAUGCUGGAGCUGAAGAUGUGGCCUGUGAUGUCUGCACCGGGAGAAAACUCAAAGCACACAAGUCCUGUCUGAUCUGUCUGGUCUCUUUCUGUGAGAAACACCUUCAGCCUCAUUAUGAUGUAGCUCAGUUUAAGAAACACAAGCUGGUGGAGCCGUCCAAGAAGCUCCAGGAGAACGUCUGCUCUCGUCAUGAUGAGGUGAUGAAGAUGUUCUGUCGUACUGAUCAGCAGCUUAUCUGUUAUCUCUGCUCUGUGGAGGAACAUAAAGGCCACGACACAGUCUCAGCUGCAGCAGAAAGGACUGAGAGGCAGAGAGAGCUCGAGGGGAGUCGACAAAACAUCCAGCAGAGCAUCCAGUACAGAGAGGAAGAAGUGGAAGUGCUUCAACAGGAUGCAGAGUACAGCAAGAAGAUCUUCACUGAGAUGAUCCGUCUCCUGGAGAAAAGAAGCUCUGAUGUGAAGCAGCAGGUCAGAUCCCAGCAGAAAAGUGAAGAGAGUCGAGUCAGAGAGCUUCAGGAGAAGCUGGAGCAGGAGAUCACUGAGCUGAAGAGGAAAGACGCUGAGCUGAAGAAGCUCUCACACACAGAAGAUCACACCCAGUUUCUACACAACUACCCCUCACUGUCUCCACUCAUCCAAUCAGAAGCGAAGAGGACAUAUACACAACCAGAGCCCAAGACCAGAGCUGAAUUCUUAAAAUAUUCACGUGAAAUCACACUGGAUCCAAACACGGCAAAUAAAAAUGUGUUAUUAUCUAAAGGGAACAGGAAAGCAACAUACAUAGGACAACCUCAGUCUUAUUCUAGUCACCCAGACAGAUUCACUAACACGUCUCAGGUCCUGAGUAGAGAGAGUCUGACUGGACGUUGUUACUGGGAGGUGGAGAGGAGAGGGAGAGGAAGAGUUUAUAUAGCAGUUGCAUACAAGACUAUGAGAAGAGCACGGGUGCAAGGGUGGGACUUGUAUGACUCUGGAUUUGGAUUCAAUGACAAAUCUUGGGCGUUAGAUUGUAUCGACAGCAGUUCUGUAUUUUUUUCCGACAGAGUCCAUGCUCCCGUCUCAGGUCCCGUGUCCUCCAGAGUAGGAGUGUACCUGGAUCACAGUGCAGGUAUUCUGUCCUUCUACAGCGUCUGUGAAACCAUGACUCUCCUCCACAGAGUCCAGACCACAUUCACUCGGCCCCUCUAUGCUGGACUAAGGGUUUGGUAUUGUGAAAAGGAGUCUGGAGUCUCUGCUGAGUUGUGUCUAAACUGAAAUAGGCAGAAGUCAUUUAAGGGUUAAAUUCUGUGUUUUAACUCUUUGACUUAUUUAGUCUCCAUGUUUGUUGCUGAGAGCUGAUUCUUGUGACAUUCUAUUUUUUAGACGCUAUUUUUUUAUGUGUUUACACAUUUUUGUAGCUUUAUUUUAUUAUUUUGCGUUUAUCAACAUUUUUAGUUGACAUGUAUUUGCUUUUCUAAAAAAUAAGAAAAACAUUCUCCGUUACACACACAUUAAGGGGCAGUGGUGGGUUAAGGAUGCGAGCAUGGGCCCGGUUCAUCUAGAUUUACAUAUAUUUGUUUGGCGGACCAAAUGUUGUUAUCAUAAUCAUAAUCAAUAACUCAUUCUUCUCUUUUACAUAGCUGAGAUUCUGGUUCAAACAAAGUGAUUGUGUGGAUGAAGUGAAUGUGUUGAUGAAAUCAUUGAACAAGAGUCUUUGAACAGACUUUACUGAUGGGAUGUGUGAACAAACUGAAGCUUUACAUGGUGAAUAAACUAACAUGAACAAA